AUGUCCAACGAGCAAAACCCCGGACUCCUCGGUGGCGUCGGCGAUACCUUGGGAAAGACAAUCGGCGGCGUGACAAACACGCUGGGCAGCACAGUUGGCGGCCUCGGCUCAACUGUAGGCAACGCAAUAUCAGGGCUUGGACAGACCGUCUCGGGCGCGACGGAGGGUGUCAGUAAUACGACAAAGAGCGCAGGACAGGGCGUACAGAGUGGUGUUUCUAGUCUUGGAGGACGGAAGCAGACUGGGGAUAACCCGCUUGGGUUAAAUAAAUAG